AUGGAAGCUUUAUCUAUUAUAGAGAUGAUCAAGGUCAAGUUAGCACAGCAUUAUGUGAUGUAUAUGGGUUAUGUAAAUACAAAGAUGUAUACUGAGGCUGUAGGGGGACAGUCCUGGUCUACAAAGAUCAGACAGACUGUAGCAGGGAUUAUAAGACUUAACAAAGUAAUCCGUUACAUCGGUGAACUGAUACCAGAACAACAGUCUGCUCUUCAGUACGAGGGGUCUUCAUUAUAUUUCCCACCAUUGAUACUGUUAUACUUGCUAGAGAUCUUGUGCUACAAACAUGUAGACACAAUGAGAGCACAAACAGCUCUAAAUGAUCUACAGACCCUAGUUCACUAUGAUAUUAUACCGUUAGAACUCAGAGACAUAUCGUGGCAGAUUCUGGGGAUUUGUCAACAGGUGACAGGGAACCUCCAGGCUGCUCUAUACUCAUACCAACAAUCUCUUAGACAAGAACCAUACAACAAAAUACACACAGCUACAGAAAUGAGAAUACAGGAGUCAGUGUUUGUGGGACUGAGUCACAUAGUGGGGACCUCACCACAGGUGGCCAUGAGGAGAGAUUUGGUAGACAUCAAGGAAAAGGUGGAAAAUCAAAUGAAAACAAGUGAUGGGUUCAGUGUGAUGGUGAGUGGAAGUGUCAGAGAAGGAUUCAGACUGGAAGGAUCAGAUGUAGACUAUAUGUUCUGGCCAAAUGAUCACCGUGUGAUCUGGGAAUUAUCUCAGUCUCAGUAUUACAAAACACAGACAAACACUGAUCCCCUGUGA